AUGUCACCUUUUAUGAAUUGGGCCGAAUUAGAUUUAGGCCUAUUCAAAACAUGUCAAGAUUCAAUGAUAUAUCAAGACUUUCUAUUUACCGAUGGAAUGAACUCUGAAAGUUCAAUGACAUCUCUUGAAGUAAAUAUGCCUAGAAUUGAUAAUCAUUUAUUAACCAAAGGAUUAUUUUCUGUAAGUGAUGUUUUGAAGUCAGGAGCUAUUGUUCCUAACAAAGAUAUAACUAUGUCUCAAAUUCGAGAGGUUUGCGGCAAAUUAUUCGAUCUCCAAACAACAAGACUCCAAGGACACAGUAUUUUGCAAACGACAAUGAUUUCCAUAUACACAAACAAGCAAUUUACCAUCGAAAAUGAACUAUUAAACCAUAUAGUUUCUGCAUUUGUUGUUGCAUUGCGUGCAAUCGAAAGCAUUUCAGAGAAAGUCUUAACGAAUCCAAACUCCUACUGGGCCAUGACUAACAAAUACGUUUCAAAAUUGAGAGAAGUCAAUAAGGUUGAAACAUUAGAGUUUUUAACUAAAUACAAAGCAGAACAUCCAGAAGAUUCCGAUCUUAUUGAUUGUGCUCUUUUCGAAAUUGACUUUGCAGACUACAUAUUUAACUAUCCAAAUGAACCAGUUCCAAAAUUACCAAAUUAUAUCAAAGAAUCAUCAGAAAUUGGCAUUUAUCCACAGCUUUUCUUCAGAGAUUUAUCAAUACAUUCUCCUCCAUCCCACGUAGACAUCUUAACUCAUGAAAAAGCCAUUGAAAUUUUCCAAGAUUUUCUCAAAUCAUUGAACGAGAUACACGAGAUCAAAGAAUGCACGACAAUUGAAGAAAUCGUCGAUCUCACUAUUGAUUGGUCUAAAAAGAACCAAAAUUGUUUGAAUUUUCUCAUAAUAUUAUUUAUCAGACGAAUUGUUCAGUCCGAAGGCACUAUUUUCAACAAGCAUAACAUAUCCACCUUCCUUACUAGCGAUUUGUCCCGCUAUCACGUACCCAAAUCCAUAUUUUCACAUAAAGAUUAUCCAAACAUUUCCAAGAACAUGUUUAUCUUCCUAGAAUCAUUCCUCAAGUGCGCAUCCGGUCCAUUUGCCUACGCCCAUGCUGUUCUCUCGAAAUACAUUUUCAAUAUCUGGGUUCAAAUCGGGCGCAGCUUCAUUUCCCUUGAACAGCUCGCUUCCGCGACCUGGAAAUACCCGAUUACCGGUAACAAAGAAUACGAUGGUGUCAUAAAAACCGCCAUGAUCCUUUGGACCACAAAAAUUUCAAUAAAACUGACACAUUUCUUUGUUUACACCGGAUUUCAAGUUGACGUUUACAAUGACAACGACCAUGCUACAAUGGCAACGAUUCUCCGGACAUGCGCCAAGGACGCCGCAAUUAUCUACGAGCGAGAAACGGUGUUAAAAGCUGUUUAUACUGCAAAUGAGCACAGAUCUGGAAAAAGUAAGAAAGUUGACGCUUCCAGGUACAUUGUUGUUAUGCCAGAGAUUGCUCUAUGGCGUGCAAAGGCUUCGUAUUUCGAAGCUUGCUUCAAUUUGUCGAGAUGGGCGUAUAAGAAAGAUAUCUUUGUCGGAGUUAACAAGGGAAAGUUCUUUAACUUCGGUAAAACAUACCAGGAAAGAGUGAUGCACCCAGAUCAGGUCUUCGCACUCGAGUUUCCAACUGAAUCCCAGUUUUUGGAAGAAUUUAAUUUUGAUAAUGUGUCAGAAGAUCAAUUGAAGAACAUCGCGAUAGCAAAGUUCAAUGAGGCAAAGAAGUUCUUGUCUGAUGCAAUCAUUCUUUACGGAAAAACUCCGGAUAGAUUGGAUUUCUUGAGAGAUAUCAUCACUUCUUCGUCUGUUUUGCUUGGUUAUAAGGAUGGAAUGCAUGUGAAAGUCAUAUACAAGGAUCUUGGACUAAUGUCUUUUGCUUUAGAGUGA